GAUCGUCCCAUCGGGGGCGCUGCUGGGCUGACAACCAGCAACCGGUAUCGGAUGGCUGGGGGGUAUUCACUCAUCUGAUCAGAUGAUACUCCUCACGGACAAGAACGAGAGUCAAGCAGUGUGUGACAAGUGCCCGGCGAAGCUCAGUGUGGUUCCCCUCACCGAUCAUCGUCGCCUCCCCACGACCCAAGGAAUGGUCCCUCUGCUGGAUUAAGGUGCGCCCCUAAGCUUGGUGGCCAUCGUCUCACUUUUCUGGUUCCCUUUCACCCCCACUCGCCCUCCCUCUCGUCCCUUUCCCUUCUCCUCUCGCCCCCCCUCCCCUCUUCCUUCCUUCGCGUGAUCGUGAAUUUUCUCUUCCAUGGAGGCUGUCGCGACAUCUGUCCCGUCCCCCACGGCCAUCCUGGUGUGUCCAAUUCCAUGGUCGUAGAAUCCAAUCAGUCGGGCAUGGCCGACGUGCCAUUGAAGGCCAACCUUCCCCGGAAAAGCGCCUUUUCCUGUGAGGCUUGUCGCAAGCGAAAGGUGAAAUGCAACGGAGCCAGUCCGUCAUGCUCGCGAUGUGCGGCACGCGGCGAGGUGUGCGUCUAUAGUCUGGCUCCAACCUUAUCUUAUACCAAGCAGCUGGAAGCACGCGUCGCGCAGCUGGAAGAUGCUCUUUCCAAGCUACGAAACCAAUCACCUCCGGAGCCGGUACUGCGGAAAGGUGCUUCCCCGGCAUCUCCGGGUACGUCCAGCGCCAGCCCGGGCAUCCGAACUCGCAUCAAAGAGGAAGAGGAAGAAAACGAAAGUGAUCUCGCUAGAGACUUCGAGGGUCUCAAAGUCGAACACGACGGUCGAAUAUCUUUCCAUGGCCCGACCAGUUUAUUUCAGCUCCCGAGUGGCCUCCUAAGCGAAACCUCGUCGACAUCCCCUCUAGCUAUGCAACUGGAGGGACGGAAAGAAAGGCUCAUCAACAAUGCAUGGCGGGAGCGGGCUUUUGAACAGAUGGCUACUAUGCCUGAACCAUUCCAGUAUUUGCUCGAUUCACACUGGUGCUGGAUUCAACCACUUUUCGGCUUCGUCUAUCGACCUACAUUCACUCGUGAUAUGAAGAUUAAUGGCCCCUAUUACUCCGAUGCCCUAUUGAAUGCGAUUCUUUCCCACUCCGUACGAUGGUGCAAGACAGAGCCCAGGAUUGGGCCCAUUCUGGAUUCGUUCGAAGGCGGGGCACAGUUUUCCCACCGUGCCGUAUCAGGCCUAUACGACUCGCUCAAAGCCGGUUAUGUCGGUAUUCCAACCAUUCAGACACUACUUCUUCUCAGUGCGCAAGAGUGCGGGAGAGGCAACCGGACUCAAGCGUGGUUGUACAGCGGAAUGGCCUUUCGGAUGCUGGAUGACCUUGGAAUAUCCAUCGAUAGUCGCAAGUAUUCUGACAGUGCUCAUCUCAGUGACGAGGAUAUUGAGCUCAGAAAUCGUCUCUUCUGGAGUUGCUAUUUCUGGGAUAAGCUGAUCUCAUUAUACUUCGGCCGAUCUCCGACCAUGCAGCACUCUCGGGUCAGCCCUCCAAGAAUGAUAUUGGAUGAUACGGCCGAGGUUGAGAUUUGGACUCCUCAUGGCGUCGUUUUCCCCGAUGGAACUCACUAUCCGCCCACUCAGGCCCAUUCUACAUCGUGCUUCAUGAAGAUGUGCGGACUGGCAGAGAUCCUCAACCAAAUCCUCAUCCACAUCUACGAUCCUAUCCGACAAGUGUCGGAGAUGGAGUUCUACAACUGCAUCCAGGAACAGGCCGCAAACCUAGCUGAUUGGUGGGAGGAGCUUCCCGAUUAUCUGAAGCUCCAGCCUAUGGACAUUCCUCCCUAUGCUCCGCCCAGUCACAUUGUGACCCUGAAUUGCCUUUAUCACACCAUUAACAUCCUCCUCCACCGCCCUGUUCUCUGCUCCAAAUCAAACCGCGAAGCCUACGACAAAAGUCACUUAGUCCAAUGCAUGACUUCAGCGACUACUAUCCUGUCCCUGUUCGAUUUGUAUCGUCGUACUUUCGGGGACAGUCACGUGGUCCUCUCCCUCGCUUAUAGUGUGUACACUGCAGCAUCUAUCUUCUUGCUCGAAAUCCAGGCCCUGAAAUAUGCUGCUCCGGGGACUCUCGACAAACUCAAAUACUGCAUCUAUGCACUGGAGAGGGUGAAGGGGUCAAAUCCUGUGAUAAUCACAGCUCUAAGCCUCGUCUACCAGGAAAUGCAGAAACUUCAAAUCGAUCUCCAUAUAGUACUUCCCACUUCUGAAUCCGAACAACCUCAACAACCACAAUCUCAGCCCCAGCCGCAACCCCAACCGCCACUCCACCAACGGUCACGAACCCAUCACAGCCACUCUCCUUCCCAACAUCAUGCAUCAUCCCCCGUGAACCUCGCCGAUACCUCCCGUCGCGUUUCCCCUGUGCAGCAGCAACCCCAACAAACCGACCACCCCAUAAAUUCCAUGCACACUGCAGGCAUGACCUCCACAGCUCCAAUAAUGUCAGGGUAUACCUUCCAACAACCAGUUGCCGACUUUGAGCUUUCGCAGACGAACGUACCGCCGAUGACCACGGCACAUCUCUUAGGCGGGAUGCCAAAUGCCAUGCUAACGCUGGAUAAUCCGGGUUCCUACGAGAUCACGCCGGAAGUGUUUGAAGCGUUCUCGUAUGCAGAGCCUAUCACGACGAACAUGACGCCUGCAGUUGAUUACGGGUGGGAUCGGCAUUAAUUCCGGGACAGAAACCAAGCAAUGGGCUUCUAGAUGUCCGCUUAUCAGAGAAACGGUCUGGUAAUUAAGUUAGAGCAGUUGGACAUGUCUAAUCAACCAAUUUUUGUACUCUUGCAUGUACACUUGUGAUUCACCUCUUGACUAUAAUCCAAUCUAUCUCUAUACAUGAACGGGAAACU